AGCUGGAGCUGGAGCUGGAGCUGGAGCUGGAGCUGGAGCUGGAGCUGGAGCAGCAGAGGCAGCCGCUGCCAUCCAGGAAGCUCUCCUCCUUGGGUCACUCCAGCCUCAGGCCGUGGGAAGCCUGUAGCUCAUAUUCUGAUGCCCCAGAUCCUUUGGAGUCCAGUUCAUCUUAUAUAUUCACACAGAUUUAGUAGGAUUUCUUCCAAGUUGACAGAGGCACUUUAAAGCUUCCUAGGUAAACCUCAAAGUGCUGUUCGGGCCAGAGCCCCGCGCCGCCGCCAUGGGUUGUCGGGACGUGCACGCGGCCACGGUGCUCUCCUUCCUGUGCGGGAUCGCCUCGGUGGCCGGGCUCUUCGCGGGGACCAUGCUCCCCAACUGGCGGAAGCUGAGGCUGGUCACCUUCAACAAGAACGAGAAGAACCUGACCGUGUACACCGGGCUCUGGGUGAAGUGCGCCCGCUACGACCGCAGCAGCGACUGCCUGAUGUACGACACCAAGUGGUUCUCCUCCGUGGACCAGCUGGACCUGCGCGUGCUCCAGCUCGCGCUGCCCCUCAGCAUCCUGGUGGCGGCCGCGGCGCUCCUGCUCUGCCUGAUGGGCAUGUGCCGCACGGCCUUCGGCGCCGCCCGGCCCGACGCCAAGCUGGCCCGCUGCCUGGUCAACAGCGCCGGCUGCCACCUGGUGGCCGCGCUCCUCUUCUUCUCCGCCGGCCUCCUCAGCCUGGCGCCCUCCGUCUGGGUCAUCUUCUACAACGGCCACCUCAACCGCAAGUUCGAGCCCGUCUUCUCCUUCGACUACGCCGUGUACGUCACGGUGGCCAGCUCCGGGGGCCUGUUCGCCACGGCGCUCCUGCUCUUCCUCUGGUACUGCGCCUGCAAGGCCCUGCCCUCGCCCUUCUGGCAGCCCCUGUACUCCCACGCGCCCGGCGCGCCCGCCUACGCGCAGCCCUACGCCGCCCGCUCGCGCCUCUCGGCCAUCGAGAUCGACAUCCCCGUGGUCACCCACUCGGCCUAGGGGGCGGGGCAGCAAC